GCCUCAAGGAGAGUAAACAAAGGGUAAACCUUCUUCAAGGCCCAGAAGCUCGUGCCUCUACCAUCACAGUCAUCAAUGGCGUUAACCUCUCGUUCUGCGAUCCGCACUGCGACCAAUCUCUCCAAUAACCUUCUACGCUCCUUCUCCACUUCCAUCAAGUCCACUCACCAUAACAAUCACCAGCAGACGCACACAUACUUGGAGGCGAGCGCCUUUGUUGGAAGCUGGGAGGCGCCGAAAGACCCUGAGGAAGCGCAGGCCAAACUCGCUCUGCUCCGAAGGGACUACGCGAAGCAGGUGAAGCAGGUGCGCAAGAAUUACAUCCAGGAGGUCGAACUCUUGAGGCUCGAAAAGCAGCGCAAGGAUGAAGCCAAGAGAGAGGCGCUUAGGGUUGCCAAUGAGGAACGCAAGAAGCUUAAAGCCGAAGCUGCGAAAGCCCGAGCCGAAGAGCGUAAGGUUGCUGAUGAAGAGUUCCGACGGACUUUGAUGAAAGAAAGAGGUGAGAAGCUUGAGCAUUGGAGAAUGAUGGAAAAGAAGAGAGAAGAGAAGAAGAAAGAAAAGAACGAGGUAAUAAGAAGGCAGAGUUCCAUGUGGGUUGAUGAAAAGAAGUUGGAAGAGAAGCUGUUAGACGCCAUUGUUAAUACCAUCCCUCUCUGAGCUUCCCUUGCCAGUUCUCUUUUUUGACUGAUUAAGGUUGUUCCAAGUUCUUACAGCUUUAGAUCAUUAUUACCAGAUUCUGACUCAUAAGGUUUUGUUCACUUUUACAUUAUACUGUCCUCAUCAUAUUUCAACUCUUUAUGGUUUGUAGGUUCAAAUCUACCCUUCCUUUUUA